AAAAAUGUUUACAGAUUCCAACCUCCUGCCAGACACUUAAUUUCGCCGCACAAACCUGUCAUACAAGCUGAAGAUCUAUCGGCUGUCAGAUGUUACUUUGAUAUAUGUAUAAGCACUUGUGAAUCAGAAGCGUCCGAUGAAACCAAAGCUGAAUAUGAAGCUAUGAUGCAAGAACAAAACAACUUACAAAGCUUGAAAAACCUGGGAUCUGAUGUCAUGGAUUGGGUU